AUGCCAGACAGUCUCUCAGAGCUAGACAGUUACAAAGAUGACACAGCCAAAAAAAAUACACAUUUCCAUCCGAUACACAACAGAAAGUGCAGGCAGUCUGCAGUGCUCAGGUUCUUGGAAGCAGAUCUGGGGGCCAACGCAACCAGAGAAUGGGCCUUGCGCCAAGGUACCCCCUGCCUAAUGGAUACAGCAGCCACAACAUGUGAGUUAUGCUCAAAGCUAAUGAUUAGUUUGACAGCACCUAUACCUAUUGAACACCUACGAGUGUGGGAGUUCCGGCCAUAUGGAGUGCUUCUCCUCCAGGCAACACCUGAUAGUGCAGGAGCUGAUCUCACAACUCCAGAAAGGGUGGUGAUACCUACCAGAGGACACGUCACUGUACCCUUAGGCACAGGGAUCACAGAGCCCCGUGGAACCUAUGGGCGAAUUGUGCCAAGAUCUGGCCUAGCCCUUAAAGGAACACAGGUGUUAGGAGGGGCGGUGGAUGCUGAUUUCCAAGUAGAAAUAAAGAUGCUGUUACAUAAUACCAGUUCAGAGGAUGUUGUACUGCAAACUGGCCGGCGAGUGGCGCAGCUAAUCUGUGAAAAGCUAAGUGUGCCUGUGAUCCAGGAGGUGACUGGACCGGGAAAGCCCAAGGAGGGGUGUGGGUAG